AUGGAGGCUCAGGAAAUUUUGGCCAACAUAGCCUUUACUACAUCAGGCGCGCUUGUUGAUCUUGUUGACAAAAAGGUGAUUGUUAUUCUUCGUGAUGGACGUAAGCUCAUCGGUAUCCUGCGGUCGUAUGAUCAAUUUGCGAAUCUUGUCUUGCAGGAAGCGAUCGAACGCAUUUUUGUCCGGAACCGCUAUGGUGAUGUUCCCAAAGGCACGUUCAUUGUGCGUGGAGAGAAUGUCGUAUUGAUGGGCGAAAUUGAUCUCGACAAGGAAGACAACGUCUCACCCUCUGUCGCUUCUUCUAUACCCGAAUCUGCUCUUCCUCAGCUUCUUGAAGCGCAUGCGGCAGAGAAUGUCACGAAAUCUCAAUCGGAGCAGCACAAGGCCGCCAUGCUGCGAUCCUUGCGCGGCUUCUCCGGUGAGGGUGCCGAGGGUGAUAGCUACUAG